AUGGCGGACAGAACGGAGGAUACGCCCAUUGAUCACCAGGCCAAGGAUUCGUCCCAAGCGAGUGGGCGAGAUGAAGCGGCCAAGUCCGAUAAAAUACCUGCAUGUCAGUCAUGUCGGAAGAAAAAGUCAAAAUGUUCCCGAGAAUACCCAUGCUCUCAAUGCGUGAAGUCAGGCAACAAGCUGAAAGGUGGUAUUAAAACAGGCUAUAUUGAACGCCUGAAUCGGAGAAUGGACGCCAUUGAGGAAAUGUUCGUCGGUCAAAGUAUCCUUUUUCAAGAAUUACUACAAGCAGAAAGUAUUUCCCGGCAAGACUGUGACGACAAAGCCCCAAGAAGUUCUGUGGAUAAAAAGCGCAAACGAGCGUCAGACGACGGUUUUGUUGCUGUUGAACGACCUCAACAAGCUGUUGAUAACGCCGAUAGUAUUGACAUGUCUGAGGUAAUUCCACCACCAGAGCAGCUCAAUUCUAUUCUGGACGACUUUUUCAAAUACUUCCACCCGUGGUUGCCGAUGUUUCACGUCGAAACCUUUCGACGAAAGGUUGGAGAUCCAAAUCGGACUACUGGAACAUCUCUACUUGUCCAGGCUAUUGUUGCGGUUGCAUCACACUUCCGGAGUAAUGACGGCAAGUUGUCAGAAGAGCAGCACAAGAAACUGCAACAAUAUGCAUCAGAAUGCCGUCAAAGAGUAAUCAGUUCCUCAACUGAGAGCAACUCAAAAGAAUCUACUCAAGCUCUUCUCUUGUUGGCAUUCGGCUCUAUCAAACGAGGCAACAGUGCAUCACCAUGGUCGCUUGUUGCGGUCGUAACUCACAGGGUUCUCGAUUUGAACCUACACGUGGAGGAAUUUUCGAUAGGAAAACACGUUUCUGGCGAUUCUUCCAAAGUUCUGCCAGUUGAGGAAGAGGCUCAUACCUGGAUUGAGGUGGAGGAACAUCGGAGGAUAAGUAAUCCAACUAUACCGAGUAAAAGCGUUCGGCGAAGACUACCUUAUGGCAGCUCUAGCUGGGAGCAGGGCCGCGAUGUUAAAGCUUUAUUCUUCAUGAUUGACGAGGAACCGUCUGAGACGGAAGCUGGAUCCUUAUUCUUUACAGAACACCACGGCACCGAACGGCCCAAUGGAAUCGAUGGUUUCGGCUUCAUGAUAGAGGCGAGUGAGCUGCUGUUCCAGGUGACCAAAUUCCACAUGCAGAACACUGUUGAACUGGACAAUCCUUCAGGGCUCUCCUUCUGGCUCAGCAAACUCCGGUGGCUAGAUUCCAGGCUUCUGCAGUGGGAGCUACGCGUUGCAAAACGAUGGCGAGGCGACACUAGCAACGGCGAUACUGAUCCAAACUUGACCCUUGCGCAUUUAACUUAUAAUGCAGCAAUACUUGCACUGCAUAGAACCCUCGCCUAUCCACCCGACUUCACACAGUCUUGGUUGACGGAGCGCAUAUCCGCGGAAUCGAGAGAGACCUGUAUGAUGGCAGCGAAUAAGAUUGCCACGAUUGCCAAAUGCUACCUAGAUACAAAUAACGGAAUACCUCCUCACCAAUUCGUGUUGUGCUUGUAUAUUGCUGGUCAUUUUUAUGCGAACCACAAUCACACGGCUUAUCGGUCGAUACAGCUUGCACAAUUGAAGUCAAUCAUCUCGGUGCUCAACGAAAUUUCUCGCCGAUCUAGUUGGAAUGGAAACGAGGCAAACAAUUCAAAGUGUGAUUCGCCAGCUGCUAGGUUCACUCACACUCUGUCAGCGAGCUUCCUGACCAUGGCUGGGGGGAAGCAGGUGCAGAACCCAGCUUGUCAACGGGCAUGA